AUUGUUUGGACCACGGGCUUUCAGGUUGUGGACAAGUACUACCUGCCGAAGAUGCGGCAUAUCAAGGUGAUGGUGAAGGCCACUGUGACGAAGACGGUGGGAACGCCAAGUGCUCUGGUGGUGGUGGCAGUCAAGGUGGUGCUGCAGCUGAUCUGCCUUGUAGCGGUGCACUUCAUGAAGGUGAGGCUGGUGAAGGUGAUGCUGCGCUCCAGGUGGAAGGCGCUGGACGCCAUGGUGUUUCUGAUGGUGGUGUGGACCAUGGGAGUUCUGGUCGAGUCCAAGCUCCGCGCGAUGGAGAAGAGGAAUCACAAGGACAGCAACUACAAGGACAGCUACCGCAAGGACAGCAACAACAAGGACUACAAGGGCAGCAACUACAAGGAGAUGACUCCUGGCCGUCGUGAUGAGGGUGAGGUGGGGCCUACGGAUGAUGGCUCUGGUUCUUUCGGGUCCUCAUCGGUGGCUAACGUGGAGGACGCGCCUGUGGCUGAGUACAUGGUGGGGUUGGUCGGCGAUGCGAGCACGGCCUCCCGCCCCUGCGUCUUCAACCUGGAGCUUGCCAUGGUAGCGGACCUGAGGACUGGCCCCGCGGGGGCCGACGGCAGCGGCGGCGCGGCCGGCGCGGCCUA